UUACUUUCAAUAUAUUCACAUCCAUACACAUUACCAAAAUGGGAGGCGAUCUCAAUCUGAAAAAGUCCUGGCAUCCCGUUCUCCAGAAGAACCAGGAGCGGGUAUGGCUCGAACAAAAGAAAGCACUCGAGGAGCGCAAGCGGAUCGAGCAGAUGAUGAAGGAACGGCAAGAGGAGCGGCAGAUCCAGGAGUUACAGGAAAUGCAAGAAGCAGCAGGUGGAAAGAAACGAUUAAACCGCGUAGAUUGGAUGUACUCAGGGCCGGCAGCGGGGCAGACAGGCACAACAGAGGAGAUGGAAGGAUAUCUUCUGGGGAAACGGCGCAUUGAUGAUCUCAUCAAAGGCUCAGAGAAUUCAAAACUACAGAAAUCCUCCACCGAAGGCUCUUUUAUGGCUUUGCAGAACGCAAAUACUGCGAGGGAUGUGGCUGCAAAAGUAAGAGAAGACCCUAUGCUUGCCAUAAAGAAACAAGAGCAGGCUGCCUACGAAGCGAUGAUGAAUGAUCCUGUGAGAAGGAAACAGCUUCUUAAAGCAGCUGGUGUGGUAACUACACAGUCGUCAGAAAAGAGCCGAAAACACCGGAGGCAUCGACACAGGGACGAUGAAGAUGAUGAGCGAACUUCAAGACAUCGAUCGAGGCGACACGACGAUACGAGUGACAGAUACAGGUCCAGGAGACAUGAUGAGAAUGACAGACGAAGCCACCAUAAUCGGAUACACAGAUCACGGCGCCGAUCCAGCUCGCCAUCGCCAUCCCGAAAUCCACCCCCAGAUCACCAUCUAUCAAGACGCUCCCCAUCUCCCGAUCAACGUCGACGGCCAUACUCUCCACAUCUGCGCGACCGUUCACCGGACCGCUCGCACCGUUUGCCUCGAGAAAAUGCCUCACAUUCCAGAAAAGAGAGUUGGCAUCAUUCGCGAGGGGUAUCUCCACCACCGUCUCGUCACCGGUCCGAUACUGCCGCUCCAUCAAGAGAAGCUAGACCUACUACAGCUGCACCUACCACGAUAAGUGAUGAAGAGCGCAAGGCCAAGUUAGCAACUAUGCAACAAAGCGCCAACGAGCUAGACCAAGCUCGUGCUGCACGCUUAGCCGCUGCUGACAAGCGGGAGCGAGAAGCGCGAGAGGCAGACGAGAUGGCUCGCGCGCAAUCGAGCAAAUACGGUGGCAAGGGUCGAUUCGUGGGUGGACUGAAUCGCCGCGCUGGAGAAAUUGAUCUGGCGGAUAGGCUUCGACGAGGGAUAAGGAAUAUCGAGAAAGAGCAGGAGGCAUUUUAGGACGAGGGAAUUUGUUUCAUUUUGACUUUUGCUAGGUAGUACUUUUCAUCGGAUGCAUUCAUAAGCCUUUUGAUAUCCGUUGGGUA